AUGUCGGAUUAUGUUCGCGAUGGUCCGAGACCGUUCGAGGAGGAACCCACGAGCGACUUCAAUUAUCCCUGGGCCGCCGCCCCGGACAUCAUCCGCGCAAACCAGAAGGACGCCUAUUUCCAGUCAGUACUGCUGAGCCAACUGUCAUCGGUCAUUCGAUCUCUAUAUGGAGCUCGAACCGAACACAAAUGGUCGCGCGAGGCCGGCGUCUUUACCGAGCUGCUCUAUCUCGGCCUCACUACCUUCAUCGGCAACCGAACCCUAGGAGAGGAGUACUGUGAUAUCGUCCAAGUCGAAGACGACACGCAUAGCCUUCCUUCUGUCGUCCGUCGCGGAGGAUAUAUCAUCUCCAGCGUCUUGCUGCCCUAUGUUCUGACGCAUUUCCUGCCGGCACUACGCCGUCGUUUGCGCUCGAAACUGGAGAAGACUCUAUACCGAUCUCAUCGGAGGAGAGUUUCGUCGCCGACGCGCCGCAGCCAGCCUCCGAACCGUCUUCACCAGAUUCAGGAGUACGUGCUCAAGCAUCUGGACUCAGUCACCUCGCCGGCCCCAAUCUAUGCCGUGAGCCUGGCCAUUUUCUACUUCAGCGGAGCAUACUACCAGCUGAGCAAACGCAUCUUCGGUCUGCGAUAUGUAUUCACUCGUAAGCUCGAGGAGAGCGAUCAGCGAGCCGGCUACGAGGUGCUCGGCGUCUUGCUCGUCGUGCAGAUGGUCGUGCAGACGUAUCUCCAUCUACAGGACACCUACGAGACCGCCCAGCAGCAACUCAGUGUUCCAGCACCCUCGGCAGCUGACGUCCUUGAGAACCAAGGCGAACCAGGGCACGACGAUCCCUUCACCACACCGCCGCUGCUCUUCAACGCUCCGGCGCCGCGAGGUCUUGAUCCUGAGGCGACGCGCCAACGCAUUUCCCACAUGACCAACACGCCGCUGGCCACAAAGCCGCGAGUCGAUCUCCGCGGCCCGGAACCCCUGCAGUGGAUCGAGAGUGGACCUCAGCGAAAGUGUACGCUUUGUCUCGAAGGCAUGAAGGACCCGUCCGUGACGACGUGCGGGCAUGUCUUCUGCUGGAGCUGCGUCACGGAAUGGCUACGCGAGCAGCCCAUGUGUCCACUCUGCCGACAGAGUGCUUUACCGCAACAUGUCCUGCCUCUACGAGGUUGA